AUGGGCCUCCCGUGGAGCCGGCUUCUGCGGACGGCGUGCUUGGAGCGCCCGGAGCCAGCGAGGAGUCGAGGCUCGCGGCACGCCGCCUCCCGCUCCUUCCGGCCUCGGACCGCCGACUUCCUCCGACGCCCGCGAGUGCUGAAGCGGUGGGCUGGCACCGGCAGCUUUCGGGGAGGAGCCCAGCGGUCGGCAUUGGCCGAGCAUGACCGCGAAGGCGGCCAGCGGCUGCCCCCGCCUCCUUGCCCCGCACAAGCCGUGCGGCUGCGGCGGGGGAUUCGAGACUCGGGGGUCUUCUCAGCUGGCCGGACAGUGUCUGCCGUCCCUGUGUCACCCGCUCCCGCCAGCGGCCCGGCAGGCGGGAAGUGCUGCGUGCUGCUGGCAGAGGUUGAGGGCACGCUGAAGCCAACCCCUGGGGUUUCCCAGCAAGCCUUUGGACAGGCACACACGAACCACAAGAAGGUGGCUGCAGACGGCGAGAGCCGGGAGGAGAGCCUUAUCCAGGAGUCUGCCUCCAAGGAGCAGUACUAUGUGCGGAAGGUGCUGGAGCUGCAGACGGAGCUGAAGCAGUUGCGCAACGUGCUCACCAACACACAGUCAGAGAACGAACGCCUCGCCUCGGUGGCCCAGGAGCUGAAGGAGAUCAACCAGAACGUGGAGAUCCAGCGUGGCCGCCUGCGGGAUGAUGUCAAGGAGUACAAGUUCCGAGAGGCUCGCCUGCUGCAGGACUACUCAGAGCUGGAGGAGGAGAACAUCAGCCUGCAGAAGCAAGUGUCUGUGCUCAGACAGAACCAGGUGGAGUUCGAGGGCCUCAAGCACGAGAUUAAGCGUCUGGAGGAGGAGACAGAGUACCUCAACAGCCAGCUGGAGGACGCCAUCCGGCUCAAGGAGAUCUCGGAGCGGCAGCUGGAAGAAGCGCUGGAGACGCUGAAGACGGAGCGGGAGCAGAAGAACAGCCUGCGCAAGGAGCUGUCACACUACAUGAGCAUUAACGACUCCUUCUACACCAGCCACCUGCACGUCUCCCUGGACGGCCUCAAGUUCAGCGACGACGCUGCCGAGCCCAACAACGACGCCGAGGCGCUGGUCAACGGCUUCGAGCACGGCAGCCUGGCCAAGCUGCCGCUGGACAACAAGACCGCCGUUCCCAAGAAGGAUGGCCUCGCGCCGCCCUCCCCCAGCCUCGUGUCCGACCUGCUCAGCGAGCUCAAUAUCUCCGAGAUCCAGAAGCUGAAGCAGCAGCUCAUGCAGAUGGAGCGGGAGAAGGCAGGCCUGCUGGCUGCGCUGCAGGACACGCAGAAGCAACUGGAGCACGCGCGGGGCUCCCUGUCCGAGCAGCAGGAGAAGGUGAGCCGCCUCACAGAGAACCUGAGUGCCCUGCGGCGCCUGCAAGCUGGCAAAGAGCGGCAGACAGCCCUGGACACUGAGAAGGACCGUGACAGCCACGAGGACGGCGACUACUACGAGGUGGACAUCAACGGGCCUGAGAUCCUGGCCUGCAAGUACCAUGUGGCCGUGACCGAGGCCGGAGAGCUCCGGGAGCAGCUGAAAGCUCUGCGCAGCACGCACGAGGCCUGCGAGGCCCAGCACGCCGAGGAGAAGGGCCGCUAUGAGGCUGAGGGCCAGGCACUCGCUGAGAAGGUCUCCCUGCUGGAGAAGGCCAGCCGGCAGGACCACGAGCUGCUGGCCCGGCUGGAGAAGGAGCUGAAGAAGGUGAGCGACGUCGCCGGUGAGACGCAGGGCAGCCUGAGUGCGGCCCAGGAUGAGCUGGCGACCUUCAGCGAGGAGCUGGCCAACCUGUACCACCACGUGUGCAUGUGCAACAACGAGACCCCCAACCGCGUGAUGCUGGACUACUACCGCGAGGGCCAGGGUGGGGCCGGCCGCCCCAGCCCUGAGGCCCGCGGGCGCCGCUCCCCUGUCCUCCUGCCUAAGGGGCUGCUGGCGGCAGAGCCGGGCCGAGCAGAUGGCGGGGCUGGGGACAGCAGCCCCUCGCCCAGCUCCUCGCUGCCGUCGCCCCUGAGCGACCCACGCCGGGAGCCCAUGAACAUCUACAACCUUGUGGCGAUCAUCCGCGACCAGAUUAAGCACCUGCAGGCGGCUGUGGACCGCACGACGGAGCUCUCGCGGCAGCGCAUCGCCUCGCAGGAGCUGGGCCCUGCCGUGGACAAGGACAAGGAGGCGCUCAUGGAGGAGAUCCUCAAGCUGAAGUCACUGCUCAGCACCAAGCGGGAGCAGAUCACCACGCUGCGCACGGUGCUCAAAGCCAACAAGCAGACGGCCGAGGUGGCGCUCGCCAACCUGAAGAGCAAGUACGAGAACGAGAAGGCCCUGGUGACCGAGACCAUGAUGAAGCUGCGCAACGAGCUCAAGGCCCUCAAGGAGGACGCGGCCACUUUCUCCUCGCUGCGCGCCAUGUUCGCCACCAGGUGCGACGAGUACAUCACGCAGCUGGACGAGAUGCAGCGGCAGCUGGCGGCUGCAGAGGACGAGAAGAAGACCCUGAACUCACUGCUGCGCAUGGCCAUCCAGCAGAAGCUGGCGCUGACCCAGCGGUUGGAGCUGCUCGAGCUAGACCACGAGCAGACCCGGCGUGGCCGUGCCAAGGCCGCCCCCAAGGCCAAGCCGGCCCCCCCGAGCCUGUAGCGUAGCUGCUGGGAGGACUUGGCCACCCGGCCCUGUCGCGCCGCAGCCCCGCCCCUUCCUUCCCGUGGCCCACGAGGAGGAAGGGCCACCCAAAAGUCCACUUAGAAACGUUUUUGGAUAUGCCACUGCAUUUCUUUUCAAAAUAGCAUUCCCUGCGUUUUUGAUGGGAGGAAAAAAGCUUUAAUGUUGAGCAUGCCUCGAGCUGCUGUGUGGAAAGGCCUCCGCACGGGCUGAAGACCCUGCUUCCUGGCUGCCGGGCUCGCCAGGGCCCGCUGGACACGCCUGCCCGGGCUCCUUAUUACACAUGUUCCUUUUUUAUCCGAUCAACCUGUGCACUUUUGAUAUUUUGAUAUUAUAUUUGCUUCCUUAAUUCCUCACAUAGAGAUGGUCUUAGGUGCCGUGUCUAUGCUUGUGGUCCUAUAGCUGUCCGCCUCAGCUCCCGCCACGCUGUCUGGUGUCAGCUUGAGGCAGAGCUGGGUGCUCCUAGUGUGUAGCUCUAGACUGUGGAAAUGAGAGGGCUUUGACCCGGCGAGGAGCUCGGCCAAGUGUAUCCAUGCUGUGGUCAGCUGCCUUUUAGAUUAUACGGCAUUGUGGUUCAUGUUUGAAAUUACAGAUUUUAAAUGCCAUGUUCAUUAAGAAAUCCAGGGUAUUCCGAUUCUGGGGUUUUUCAUAUUGUAUUAUUAUUAUUCUUAGGAAUAGUUCAUUGUAACAAGAAGAAAACUUGACCUUUGCUCUGGUUAAAACAGUAAUAGGCACUUGAAAAAAAUAAAUUAUUGAAUGAGUAGUAUUACCUACAAAUUCCAGAAUUUUCUGGGUUUUAGGACAUUGUGAAGCAUGACUGAUUAACAGAAUUUUACACAACUGUACCAGUAAAAUUCCAAAUUGGAAUUGUUUUGUUUACUCUGGUUGUUGUGCCAAAUUGUGGUACACUUAGAAAAUUCUACAGUCGUCGAUUUUUAGGGUGUUCUCUUUCAAUGCCUUUUUGUUAGUAAUCAUUGCCAGUAGUGCCUUCAUCCGUUAAGGGAGGUGUCCCAGCGUAGAUGUCUCUCUAAAGCAGGCAGGGAAGAGCUUGUGGGUGUGCUAGAGGCCAGUGUGGGGCCGGAGCGCCUCACACCCGACCUGGGCAUCUUCAUCAAGGGAAAGAAAACAGUCAUUGUGCAAAAUUCUGUUAGUCAGUGAUUCUUUACUUGCAAAUUCAGGGGCUUAGAAAAUGAAAGCAAACACAAAACCUUGAGUGUGCUUUGGGAACCAAAUGGACUUCUGGGACAAGCUGAGCAAGCUGUUACGAGCGCCACGUUUGUGAAGAGCCGAGGGUAUCAGGAGGGCUGGCGCCUGUCAGCGUGCAGUGGAGAGCGAGGGUUAGCCAUAGAAUUCUUUGCAAAUGUGAGAGCAAGACGUUAUACCUUCUCUUGCUUGGUGUAACUAAUCACUGUUAAUUUCAGGAAACAGAACUCAUUAAAGCUCCUUUGCAAACCAGGUCUGCAUUCUGAUCUGUUUGCUGAGUGAGGUUCCUGGGAGUGAGUGAUCAAAUUAGUACUCUUGGAGGAAGCAAAACUGUCUCCCUCCUCCAGAAAAAGGACAAAUUAUAAUCAUGUAAAAGUCAAGAAUAAAAGAAUUCUGUUUCCUGGAAUGAGCAUUUCUUAUUCCUAGUUGUAGGGACUCCUAUUUUUACCUUCUGUUACAGUAUUGAUUCAUAAGAAAUAUUGUUACAUUUGAAAUAACUUCAUCUGUAUGGGGUAUUUAUUUGCAAUGACGUCUGAGUACUGUAUUUUUUUCUGUGCAUUACCUUAGUGUCAGAAUGUUGGUCUUUAUUUUAAAGUCAUAUGCAUGUUCUUCUGCCAAGGAACCUUUACACAGACCCAAGCAAAUAAUAAUAAGCAAAUGCCUUCAAUUUCUGAGAAAAUGAGGCAGAGCAUAGAAAAAGAAUAGGAAGGAAGGAGAAAUUGAUUGAGAUUCUCUGGAUGCAGACCUCAGAUGUGAAUGUCUGCAAAGCGAGUGCGCAUAGGAACAAUGGGCCUGGGUAAAGGGUCACGUUGGUAGGACCAGUAAAUAAAUAAUAAUAAAAAGACAAAGCACA